CUUUGUUGAAUCACUGUAUUGUGGGCUUCUGUGGCCCGAAUCCCAGCCCAGUGAGCCCACAACUAGCAGGCCUCGCUUCCUGUCCCCAGACCACGAAAUCCACAGCAAAUACAAAUCAAACGGGCUAGCCCAUAGUUUGACACCCCUAAAGAGAAAAAAAAAGAGAGAAGAAAAACAGAGAAGUCGUCUUGGAGAGAGAGCGAGAAUUGAGGUUCUUGUUGCUGUGUUAGAUCCCUCUGAAGUUGAGUGGAAGAAGAAGCUAUAGAGUAAAAUGCUGCAACCACGCGCAUUCCGCCCCUACAUACCAUUAUCCUCAUCCACCAGUGCACCUUCCUUCUCUUCUUCCCCAAACCCUAACCACAAAGCCACGUUCCCAUCGCAACACGACAAUGGGAGCAGCAGCACCUCCUCCAACUCCAGAUCCCUCAAAACCCCCUCCUCGUUCCUCCACAACUACCGGAUCGCCAUCGCCCUUGUCCCCUGCGCUGCCUUCCUCCUCGACCUCGGUGGCACCUCGGUGGUCGCCACCCUGGUCGUCGGCCUCAUGAUCGCCUACAUCCUCGACUCCCUCAACUUCAAACCCGCAGCCUUCUUCGCGGUGUGGUUCUCUCUCGUCUUCGCCCAAUUCGCCUUCUUCAUAACGGCCUCAUCCUCCCUCUUCGCCGCCUUCAACUCCUCCGUGGCCCUCGCCGUCCUGGCUUCCUUCCUCUGCGCCCACACCACCUUCCUAAUCGGCGUCUGGUCCUCACUCCAAUUCAAGUGGCUUCUCCUCGAAAACCCUUCCAUCGCGGUGACUCUCGAGCGCCUUCUCUUCGCCUCCAUCCCUAUCUCCGCCCCCUCCAUCUUCGCCUGGGCUUCCAUCACUGCCGUCGGAAUCAACAACUCAGCCUACUACUUCCUGGCCUUCAACUGCUUCUUCUAUUGGCUCUUCUCUCUCCCUCGCGUUUCCUCCUUCAAGGGGAAACACGAAUCGAGGUUCCACGGAGGAGAGGUUCCACAUGAUAGCUUCAUCCUUGGUCCCCUUGAGAGCUGCAUCCACACCCUCCAUUUGCUCUUCCUUCCUCUCCUUUUCCACCUUGCUUCCCAUUACUCCCUCGUUCUCUCUUCCCCUGCUUCCUUCUGCGACUUGCUUCUCCUCUUCUUCGUUCCCUUCCUCUUUCAGCUCUACGCCUCCACCAGGGGUGCGCUCUGGUGGCUCACUAACAACUCCAACCAGCUUCACAGCAUUCGCGUCGUCAAUGGUGCUGUUGCUUUGGUCUUCCUCGUUGUUGCUUUAGAGAUUAGGGUCGUUUUUCAUUCCUUUGGGAGGUAUAUUCAGGUGCCCCCGCCUCUGAAUUAUGUUCUUGUUAGCAUCACCAUGCUUGGAGGGGCUGCUGGUGGUGGUGCCUAUGCCAUGGGUAUGGUUUCCGACGCCCUCAGCUCUGUUGCUUUCACCACUUCCGCCAUUGUCGUCAGCACUGCUGGAGCCGUUGUUGUGGGUUUUCCCCUACUGUUCCUUCCUCUGCCUGCAGUUGCUGGCUUUUAUUUGGCUCGGUUUUUUGAAAAAAAGAGUCUAGCAUCAUACUUUGCUUUUGUUAUUCUUGGGAGCUUGAUGAUUACAUGGUUUGUUCUGCACAACUUCUGGGAUUUAAAUAUUUGGAUGGCAGGCAUGUCACUUAAAUCUUUUUGUAAACUUGUAAUAGCAAAUACUGUCCUGGCUAUGGCUAUUCCUGGUUUAGCUCUUCUACCUUCAAAGUUAAACUUUUUAUCUGAGGCCGGUCUGAUAAGCCAGGCAUUGCUCUUAUGCUACAUUGAGAACCGAUUUUUCAACUACUCCAGCAUUUACUAUUAUGGAUUUGAGGAUGAGGUGAUGUAUCCAAGCUAUAUGGUUGUGAUGACAACUUUAUUGGGUUUGGCUUUGGUGAGAAGGCUAUCUGUGGAUCAUCGAAUUGGAGGAAAAGCUGUUUGGAUUUUGACUUGCCUCUUUUUUUCAAAACUGGCCAUGUUGUUCAUAUCAUCAAAGUCUGUUGUAUGGGUUUCUGCAGUUCUCUUAUUGGCUGUUUCUCCUCCAUUGCUCCUUUACAGGGAUAGAUCAAAAACAGCUUCUAGGAUGAAACCAUGGCAAGGUUACGCACAUGCCUGUGUUGUUGCCUUAUCAGUAUGGUUUUGCCGUGAAACAAUCUUUGAAGCCCUCCAGUGGUGGAAUGGAAGGUCUCCUUCAGAUGGUUUAGUUUUGGGCUUCUGUAUACUGUUGAUUGGAUUGGCUUGCAUUCCUAUUGUUGCUAUUCAUUUCUCUCAUGUUUUGUCUGCCAAAAGAUGUCUGGUGCUGGUCGUGGCAGCUGGUCUACUUUUUAUUUUGAUGCAGCCACCUCUUCCUUUGUCUUUGACUUACCAGUCGGACCUAAUCAAGACUGCCCGUCACUCUGCUGAUGAUAUCUCAAUUUAUGGGUAUAUAGCUGGCAAGCCUACAUGGCCUUCUUGGCUGCUUAUUAUUGCAAUUUUGCUGACUCUAGCAUCUGUUACAUCUAUCAUACCGAUUAAGUACAUUGUUGAAUUAAGAACAUUUUACUCCAUUGCUGUGGGGGUUGCCCUUGGGAUCUACAUUUCUGCGGAAUACUUUCUCUGGACGGGGAUUCUGCAUGUUCUCAUUGUUGUCACUAUGGUUUGUGCCUCUGUUUUUGUUGUCUUCACUCAUCUUCCCUCUGCAACUAGCACAAAGCUAUUGCCCUGGGUAUUUGCUCUACUUGUGGCUCUCUUUCCAGUUACUUAUCUUUUGGAGGGCCAACUUAGAAUUAAAAAUAUUCUUGAUGAUAGUGAGAUUGGAAAUUUGGGUGAGGAGGAGAAGAAGCUUACAACAUUGCUAGCUAUUGAGGGUGCCCGAACAUCUCUUCUUGGUUUGUAUGCGGCAAUCUUUAUGCUUAUAGCCUUGGAAAUAAAGUAUAAACUUGCUUCAAUUUUACGGGAGAAAGCUGUUGAUUCAGGUGGAAUUAGACAUAAUCAUUCAGGUCAAAGUGCAUCUGCUAGUUUCCUGCCAAGAAUGAGGUUUAUGCAACAUCGUCGAGCUUCUACAGUACCCUCUUUUACAAUUAAGAGAAUGGCUGCUGAUGGAGCCUGGAUGCCUGCUGUUGGCAAUGUUGCCACAAUACUGUGCUUUGCUAUAUGUCUAGUCCUGAAUGUUAACCUUACAGGUGGCUCAAACCGCUCAAUAUUUUUCCUGGCUCCUAUCCUGCUUCUGCUUAAUCAGGAUUCAGAUUUUGUUGCUGGUUUUGGGGAUAAACACAGAUAUUUUCCUGUGACUGUUGUUAUCUCAGCCUACUUCGUUUUAACUGCCCUCUACAGCAUAUGUGAAGAUGUUUGGCAAGGUAAUACUGGAUGGGGUCUUCAAAUCGGUGGGCCAGACUGGAUUUUUGUGGUGAAGAAUUUGGCUCUCCUCAUUCUUACGUUUCCCAGUCAUAUACUUUUCAACAGGUAUGUAUGGAGCUGUACGAAGCAGAGUGACUCACCCCCAUGGAUAACUUUGCCCCUCAAUCUGCUUCCUAUUGCAUGUACAGAUGUACUCAAGAUUAAGAUCUUAGGUAUAUUAGGAGUUAUAUAUUCCCUGGCUCAAUAUCUAAUUACUAGGCAACAGUAUAUCUCAGGUCUUAAGUACAUCUAAACAAACAUGUAUUCUGUACGAUAUGUUUUGUCAAUUCAGGUAUUGAUGCAUGUGCUUGUCUUCCUUAAAUUUGUCUGAGGAAUAUGCUGAAAUGCAUUUUUGUUGUUACACAUUUAACCCAUCUUUAAAAAAUUAAAUCAGUCUUGAUGAAUUAAUGGGUUAGCUAUUUAUUUGAGUGUAGUUUGACGUUUCUUACGACCUGUUUUAAGCUUCUGAUUAUUCAUGAAUAAACGUUAUGCCGAAACAGUUUU